CCUACGAGUUUCAAGUCCGCACGCCAUUUAGCUCUCUCACUUUCGACCGAACGCCCACCGCAAAAACCCUGCGAAAAGAAAGCCAAACCCACGCGAUGAUCGAGGAGCGGCGCGGCGGAGGAUCCCGGCCGCCGCACGGCGUCCUCCUGGCGGUGGUGGUCGGCAUUGUGGUGGCCGUCCCCUUCCUCGCCGGCGACGGCGGCGAGGCCGUGACGGGCGCCAUCUCCGAGAUGCUGACCCCGGUGGGUCUCCUCCUCCUCCCCAUCGCCCUCCUCCUCACCAUCCAGUUCCUCUCCUCCGACCGCGGCUCCUUCGUGUCGGCCAUCUUCUCCAGCUCCGGCGAGCCCGAGAGCAUCCACCGGGUCAGCGGGUCCCCCGUCGGCGUCGCCCUCUUCCUCGCCCUCCUCCUGUUCCUUCUGUACAGCCGCGUCUCCAUCUUCGGCGGCGGCGGCGACGACGACGAGUGAGCCGAGAUCUCCGCCGGAGCGGAGCGGAGCGGAUCGGAUCGGAUCGGAUCUCAUCUUUCUUGCAAUUUUCUUUUCGUUUGAAUUUACUUUUUAUCGUGUGGUAUACUUCUAUAAGCGUAGAGAGUAGGGGGGGUUGGUAUGGGACAGUAGUAGGGGCGAUUCUGUAAUUACUGGGAUGUGCGGAGGGUAUUACUGGUAUUUCGGGUAAAUGACCGUUGACUGUUGAACGACGGAGUUUUGCCUCUUUGUAGCCGCUCGGUUCCGAUCGAUGCUUCAUUUUUUACCUUCUUUUGGUAGGAAGAAUUAAUGCUUCGGAUCAGAUGAAAUUAAUCGCAUUUUCGGCUCGAA